UUGUGUUUGCUUGUGUGUGUACGUGUGUGUGCUAGUAAGUUUUUGGUGUGACUAAGUCGAAUCGGUUCUUACCACUUACUGGUUUGUGCUGUGCUGUUUCGAUGCUGGAUCUGGAUCUCCCAAUGAAUGAUGAUUGCACGCGUCCAUAUCGCGCGGUCUGGUGAUGUCGUUCAUCGUCAAGUGUGUGGCUAAAUACGAGUUUGAAUCGGUUCCGGUCUUCUUCAACCACUACUGCUACUGCUACUGUUCCUUCUGCUACUGCUACUACUCCUCCUGUUCCUGCUGCUGCUGCUGCAGCAACUCCCGAGCUCAUUCCACGUGACCGCGGACGUGACAUCGCAUCGCCUUAUCGCAGGAUUAUCUUUUUGAUACGUCGUACUGGAAUUUUAAUGGUUUACAUGAAUGGACUUGGCAAUGACCCUCUGUCUGCGAAAGAGGCAGAGGGCCCACCAGUCCAGCUAGAGCCUGUCGACCUGAGCGUCCGUUCGCCACCGAAAGACCUGAAGAGUACCGCCAUACGGAUACGCAGCGGACUACUGAAACGACCUCCUCCACCACUCAUCUCAGCCCCACACCUGCUCGCGUUAAAGCACAAAACAGAAGACCUAUACUUCUCCCUGGCCAAUAACAACAACAACAACAACAGCAUAGAGGAUGACGCUUCAGAUUAUGCGACCGAUUUGGCCACCGGCGAUGGCAAUGGCAGGAAUGUAUCCCCUGCGGCAUUCUCGCCAACCCACGCGCAGCUUCUCACGACGCUGUGUGGUGCGGCAUCGGCGAUGGUGGCCAACAGUGGCGGUGCCGAAGCGAAAACCAAGCACAACAACGGUACCAAGCAGCUCGAGCUGGCAUCACCGCCGGCCGGUGCUGUGGCGCUCAUUCCGGCCGACAACAACAACAGCAUCGGCGUAAGAAACAACAACAAUUACCCGAGCGAUGAAAGCGACGAAACAAAACCGAGUACCUUCCGGGAGGCGUACCAUCAUCCUCUGUACGGUGGUGGCAACUAUUGUGUUCAGCCGCAGCCACCAAGUCCACCUCACCACCAAGCGGAGCAUAAGGCCGCCCUACAGCAGCUGCAUCGCCAUUCGCAACUCUUUCCGGCCCAGUUUGCAGCGGCUGCAGCCGCCGCAGCCGCCUUCUCCGUGCACCACCACCACCACCAACAGCAGCAGCAGCAGCAGCAACAGCAUAAGGAUGAGCUGCUGGCCGGACGAAGCCACUCACCGUUAACGCUGCUCGAUCAGCGACGGUUGCAGGAGCAGCUACAGCAACUGUCGGCGGUCGGGCCACCGGUAUCGAAGCUGCUGCCCGGAUUACCGGGCCAGCUCGCUGCCUCGAUCGCAUCGAUCGCUUCCAGUCUGCCGAAGAUCCAUCCGCUGAGCGAAACGGCGACGGCCGCCUUCCAGCGACUGCUGGAGCAGCAACCGGCCGUGGCCGCGGCCGCACCCAAUUCGCCCGCCAACAGCGGUGCCACGGGAUUGUUUCCGCGGCCGCGCAACAGUGCCGGCCCGAGCCCGGAUCGUUACACCGGCAAACUGACCGAUCUGCGGCAUCGUUCGUCGAACGGGAAUGGUCCAACGGGCGCCGGUGGUACUUCGGACGGUGGCACGGAGAUGGCUGCGGGUUCGGAAACAUCAGCGGCGAGGAAGCGAGGCAACGGUACAACCAGUGGCGGCAGUAGUAGUAGUAGUAGCAGCAGUCAUCAUCCUCGCCAUCACCACCAGCAUCUUCAAUUCAGCUCACCAACAUCACCACCUGCGGGAAGCGUUGGGUUCAGUAGUGGUAGCAGCGCCGCUGACCAGCACCAUGAUCAUCACCACCACCAUCAUCAUCAUCAUCACCAUCAAUCGGGAUUGUCGAUGAAGGGGCUUGCGAAAAACCGCAAAAUCCAUCGCUGUGAUGCAACCGGCUGCGAUAAGAUGUACACCAAGAGCUCCCACCUGAAAGCACACAAGCGAACACACACCGGUGAAAAACCUUACAUCUGCACGUGGGAGGGCUGCGUAUGGCGGUUCGCUCGCUCCGACGAGCUGACCCGGCACUACCGGAAGCACACCGGCCUCAAACCGUUCCGCUGUAAGCUGUGUACGCGCUGCUUCAGCCGAUCCGAUCAUCUGUCGCUGCACAUGAAACGCCAUUGAUCGACGAUCGACCACCGGACCGGGAAUCCCGCCGACCUGUUCUUAUGAGAAACACCACCCCCUGCCCCCCCCCCCCCACCCACCUGUUCCUUGAGCUGCGAAACCCGCUGCGGGCCACCGCGAGGGACCGAAGAACGUUCUGCCAGUAGCGCCGUGCCGUGCAUCGUCGGGCAAAAAAGAAGAAGACAAAAAAAACGGAGAUGCCAGCAACUAUCAAUGAAUCUCAAUACAAUUGUACUACAGGUUAAGUUAUUUGCUAGUUAACGGUUGUUAACGUUCUCUCUCUCUCUCUCUCUCUCUCUCUCUCUCUCUCUCUCUCUCUCUCUCU